CCUGUGGCGAGUCCAGUGGCAGAGUGAAAGCCAAGGCUCAGACUGUGUACAUUCUAUCAUGUUUCCUCUUAGACGGGACAGGGCGGGGACAGGGCGGGGACUGGGCGGGGACACAGGAGAGGGAAGGAAAACCUUCAUUAUUCCAGCUGGAAAAUGGGCUGACUGCUCGGCAGGCCCUGAGACACAGGAUUCCUGUUCAGCUCGUCUGCAGGGUGGGCCAGAGAGAAUACAGAUGGAGGAGCCCAGGGUCACACCUUGGGUGCAGGCGGUACAGCCGUUGAGCCAGGCUGGCAGCCUUGAAGGCCGUCCCCAGCCCACGGCUCUGUGUGGUUCCUUCCUCCCAGCCCUGCCCUCCACACCUGGCUCCCGCCUUCUCCUGGGGCCCCGGAGGCCAGGCUGCCUCCGUGUCUGGUGUUGGCUCGCUGUGUCCCCGGGAGCACACCCCUCACGCUAGUCCUGGGGCGUGGACCCCAAAGGGCCGCCCUCAGCGUGUCAGCAGUGCGGGCUUCACAGAGCGGCCUCAUUGCAGAGAAUGCUGUGUGGAUGGGGACUAAAACAGCAGCUUACGGGGGGGGGGGAGGCCGGCCCCGUGACCGAGGGGGCCAGCCCUGACCAACUGUCAUGUUGCUAGGGUGUGAUGGCACGUGACAGGAGUGGCCUUCCUUGUCUGGUCAGGAGGAGAGCCCACGACAAGUCCUGGGGGGGACAGUCCCCAGAGUCCCUGAGCUCCCUCCUCCACGCUGUCCCCGUACCUCACAUGGGGGAGGUCAGAGGAAGUGUCCCAGCCUAGUGGGGCCCCGUGGGAUCCGGGCGGCGGCUGGGACAGAGAGAGGGCAGCGGGGUGCACAGGAAACCUGGGCCGACCCUGGCCUUCAGUUGGAGCUUGGGCCGCCGUGCCCACAAGAGGCGCUCCCUGCGGGGGAGGUGGCUAUGUGACAGCUCUCCGCGCUAUGUAUGGACUUUCUGGCCGAGACCAGCCCGUGGAGCUGCUAAACCCUGCCCGCGUGAGCCACAUGCCCAGCACGGUGGAUGUGGCCUCCGCGCUGCCUUUGCAGGUCGCGCCCCCGGCGGUGCCCAUGGACCUCCGCCUGGACCACCAGUUCACGCUGCCCGUGGCAGAGCCCACCCUCCGGGAGCAGCAGCUGCAGCAGGAGCUGCUGGCCCUCAAGCAGAAGCAGCAGCUCCAGAGGCAGAUCCUCAUUGCCGAGUUCCAGAGGCAGCACGAGCAGCUCUCCCGGCAGCACGAGGCCCAGCUGCACGAGCACAUCAAACAACAGCAGGAGCUGCUGGCCAUGAAGCACCAGCAGGAGCUGCUGGAGCACCAGCGCAAGCUCGAGAGGCACCGCCAGGAGCAGGAGCUGGAGAAGCAGCACCGGGAGCAGAAGCUGCAGCAGCUCAAGAACAAGGAGAAAGGCAAGGAGAGCGCGGUGGCCAGCACGGAAGUGAAGAUGAAGCUGCAGGAGUUCGUCCUCAAUAAGAAGAAGGCGCUGGCGCACCGGAACCUGAACCACUGCAUCUCCAGCGACCCUCGCUACUGGUACGGGAAAACACAGCACAGCUCGCUGGACCAGAGCUCCCCGCCCCAGAGCGGGGUGUCGACGUCCUACAACCAUCCGGUCCUGGGAAUGUAUGACACCAAAGAUGACUUCCCGCUCAGAAAAACAGCCUCCGAACCCAAUCUGAAAUUGCGGUCCAGGCUAAAGCAGAAGGUGGCCGAAAGGCGGAGCAGCCCCUUGUUACGCAGAAAAGAUGGGCCGGUGGUCACAGCUCUAAAGAAGCGUCCGUUGGAUGUCACAGACUCGGCCUGCAGCAGCGCCCCGGGCUCCGCGCCCAGCUCGCCCAACAAUAGCUCCGGGAACGUCAGCACCGAGAACGGGAUCGCGCCCGCCGUCGCCAGCAUCCCCGCCGAGACCAGCCUGGCCCACAGGCUCGUGACUCGAGAAGGCUCCGUGGCCCCGCUCCCCCUCUACACGUCGCCAUCCCUGCCCAACAUCACGCUGGGACUGCCCGCCACCGGCCCUUCCGCUGGGACGGCAGGCCCGCAGGAAGCCGAGAGGCUCGCUCUCCCCACCCUCCAGCAGCGGAUCUCCCUCUUCCCCGGCACGCACCUCCCCCCCUACCUGAGCUCGGCGCCCCUGGAGCGGGACGGCGGAGCGGCUCACAGCCCGCUGCUGCAGCACAUGGUCUUACUGGAGCAGCCGCCCGCGCAGACACCCCUCGUGGCAGGCCUGGGCGCACUGCCCCUGCACGCGCAGGCGCUGGUGGGCGCGGAGCGUGUGUCACCGUCGGUGCACAAGCUGCGGCAGCACCGCCCGCUGGGGCGCACGCAGUCGGCCCCGCUGCCGCAGAACGCGCCUGCGCUGCAGCACCUGGUCAUCCAGCAGCAGCACCAGCAGUUCCUGGAGAAGCACAAGCAGCAGUUCCAGCAGCAGCUGCACAUGAACAAGAUUAUCCCCAAACAGAGCGAGCCGGCCCGGCAGCCCGAGAGCCACCCCGAGGAGACGGAGGAGGAGCUGCGCGAGCACCAGGCCCUCCUGGAAGAGCCCUACCUGGACCGGCCCUCCGGGCAGAAGGAGGCGCGCGCGCUGGCUGGCGUGCAGGUGAAGCAGGAGCCCAUCGCGAGCGACGACGAGGAGGCGGAGCCGCCACGGGAGGCGGAGCCGGGCCAGCGCCAGCCCACGGAGCAGGAGCUGCUCUUCAGACAGCAAGCCCUCCUGCUGGAGCAGCAGCGGAUCCACCAGCUGAGGAACUACCAGGCGUCCAUGGAGGCGGCCGGCGUCCCCGUGUCCUUCGGCGGCCACCGGCCUCUGUCCCGGGCGCAGUCAUCCCCGGCAUCUGCCACCUUCCCCAUGUCCGUGCAGGAGCCCCCCGCCAAACCGAGGUUCACCACAGGCCUCGUGUAUGACACGCUGAUGCUGAAGCACCAGUGCACCUGCGGGAGCACUAACAGCCACCCCGAGCACGCGGGCCGGAUCCAGAGCAUCUGGUCUCGGCUGCAGGAGACCGGCCUCCGGGGCAAGUGUGAGUGUAUCCGCGGACGCAAGGCCACCCUGGAGGAGCUGCAGACGGUGCAUUCGGAGGCGCACGCGCUGCUCUAUGGCACAAACCCCCUCAACAGGCAGAAACUGGACAGUAAGAAACUUCUAGGCUCGCUAACGUCCGUGUUCGUCAGGCUGCCCUGCGGUGGUGUCGGGGUCGACAGCGACACCAUAUGGAACGAGGUGCACUCGUCGGGGGCGGCCCGCCUGGCCGUGGGCUGCGUGGUGGAGCUGGUCUUCAAGGUGGCCACGGGGGAGCUCAAGAAUGGCUUCGCUGUGGUCCGCCCCCCAGGACACCACGCAGAGGAGAGCACACCCAUGGGCUUCUGCUACUUCAAUUCCGUGGCCAUCGCAGCCAAGCUUCUCCAGCAACGGCUGGACGUGAGCAAGACGCUCAUAGUGGACUGGGACGUGCACCACGGAAACGGAACCCAGCAGGCCUUCUACAGCGACCCCAACGUCCUCUACAUCUCUCUUCACCGCUACGACGACGGGAACUUCUUCCCGGGCAGCGGGGCGCCAGACGAGGUGGGCACGGGCCCAGGUGUGGGCUUCAACGUCAACAUGGCUUUCACUGGCGGCCUUGACCCCCCCAUGGGAGAUGCAGAGUACUUGGCGGCCUUCAGAACCGUGGUCAUGCCCAUCGCCAGUGAGUUCGCCCCAGACGUGGUGCUCGUGUCUUCAGGCUUCGACGCCGUGGAGGGCCACCCCACGCCACUUGGCGGCUACAACCUCUCCGCCAGAUGUUUCGGGUACCUGACGAAGCAGCUGAUGGGCUUGGCUGGCGGCCGGAUUGUUCUGGCCCUGGAGGGGGGCCACGACCUCACGGCCAUCUGCGACGCGUCGGAAGCAUGUGUUUCUGCUUUGCUGGGCAACGAGCUUGAUCCUCUCCCCGAAAAGGUUCUGCAGCAGAGACCCAACGCUAACGCUGUCCGGUCCAUGGAGAAAGUCAUAGAAAUCCACAGCCAGUACUGGCGCUCCCUGCCACGCCUCUGCUCCACGGUGGGACACUCUCUGGUAGAGGCCCAGAAGUGCGAGAACGAGGAAGCCGAGACCGUCACCGCCAUGGCCUCACUGUCCGUGGGCGUGAAGCCCGCGGAGAAGAGACCGGACGAGGAGCCCAUGGAAGAGGAGCCGCCCCUGUAGCCGCACCCGCAGCUGCGGUUCUCUUGUCUGUCUGUCCCUGUCUUGAAGCUCCGCCAGGAAAAGCUCCCGUUUCUCUGCGGCCCGCCCGCCAUCUCCGGCCAGGGCUGGAGCGGCAGCGGGGAGCCCUCCCUGCCCGGCCCGGGCCCCCACCCCGCGGCGGGCAGCCUUGCGCGGACCCGGGACAGACGCCGCCGCGCAGACGCACGGACACACGCGCGGCCGGCGCUCGGCUCCCGGGAGGGAAGCCGCGGAGGAGGGAGGCCAGCGGCCCCGCCGAGGGAAGGAAAACGGAAAUCAAAGAUCUGCUCACACAAAACGGACUCGAUUAAAACUGGUGCUUACAGUUGAUAUUACCCACAAUUCCACAGUCUCCGUGUAAACCACUCGACUCAUCCUGUAGCUUCUUUUUUUCUUUCACGAGGACGUUUUCUAGGCCCCGGCCGCCUCCGUGGCCCGCAGCUGGCGGGGUCGCGGCCGGGCGCGGGGCGGAGUGGACACGCGGGAGUGAGCUUGCGGGGCCUGGCUUUGCUCUCAAAGCCAUCGGAAGAUGCGAGUUUGUGCCUUUUUUUUUAUUGCUCUGAUGGAUUUUUGUGGCUGGGUUUUCUGAAGUCUGAGGAACAAUGCCUUAAGAAAAAAUAAACAGCAGGAAUCGGUGGGACAGUUUCGGGCCUGGCAGGGGGGGGGGCCCACACACCCCGAGGCCACCUUGUGCUGGCCGGGGGCGGGGCUCCGGGGGCCGCCGUUCCGGCCCCUGUUUUGCUUUAGUGCUGUUUUAAGAGCAGUGGAGGUAGUUCCAGCAAAGUGGCAAAUACUGUUGGGGGUUUUGAAGUCCGACGAAUUUUAAAUGAAUCCAAAGUGUUCUUUUCUCGUCCGUCAUCUAACAAUUGAGCAUCUCCAUUCGGUUGUGAAGCAUGUCCUAGGCACACUUCCAGUGUUACGAUCGGAAUGCUUUUUAUUAAAAGCAAGUAGCAUGAAGUAUUGCUUAAAUUUUAGGUAUAAAUAAAUAUAUAUAUGUAUAAUAUAUAUUCCAAUGUAUUCCAAGCUAAGAAACUUGAUUCUUAUGAAAUCUUGAUAAAAUAUUUAUAAUGCAUUUAUAGAAAAAGUAUAUAUAUAUAAUAAAUGCAGGUCGUAAAGGUCCCUGGCAAAUGAAUGACUUGUGGACUAGACAUCAAGGUGCUUAUGGAAAGGGAUCUAGUUGGAAACUCAUGUAUUUUUGAAUUCCAGACUGGACGGCUUCCAGAUCGCCAGCGCGCCCGCCACUGGGCAGCUGCCUUCGGGGGCGAGCUGUCCUUUCCGCUCUUUCCGGACAGGGCCCUCCUGCUCCGAGCCUCCUCGCACAUAAGUACCUAAUGAGUUUUUAUAGCAAAGGAUAGAAAUUUGCUGUUCAUUUUUGUAUGAAUUUGCCACAAGGAGAUCCGGAAGAGGCAUUGUUUUGUGAAUUUCACAUUUUGUUCUCACCAUUUAGCAGUUUCCUGAAUGGUAAUAACGUCUAAACCUUUUUUCUUUCUAAAUUCUUGUACAUUUUUUUUAACUUUCAAAGGUUUUUUUUUUAUUAUUAUUAUUAUUUUCAUUGUUGUUUUGUACAGCGAGCAGUUUGCUACGGUGCACGGAACUGCCCUCGGUUUGUUUUCAGGAAGUGAGCUCGGGGUGGGGGCGGCUGCCAGCUCCUAGCAGUGACCGCGGAGUGUGUCUCCCGGCUCCGUCCCCGCGGCUGCACCAUGGCGAGGGGCUUUUCUUCCUUUCACGUCAGUAGUGUUACAGGGGGUGCUGUGUUUUCCCCUCGGCAGCCGCGCGGGGAGGACCGCAGUGUCGCUCGCCGGGCACCUCGGGCCGUCGGCACUCCUGUUUCAACUUCCCUGGCCGCGUUGUCAGGAUAGGAUUUUAAAUUCAGUUUUCCAAAGACCUUUUAAAGCAUGUCAGCAAUGCAUGGGGCCUGAGCAAGGCCCACACCCGUUCUGGGUUUUUCCGCCGCAGCCACAUGGCCGGGGUCCCGGCUGUGAGCAGGGUUUUGGAGCCUGUGGCCUCAGGGAGCCCCAGGGCCCCUGCUGCCUGGCGAGCCCGCAGGGACAACAGAUUCCUGACCAGGAUAGCCAGCCUUUGCUCUUUUCAUCUUUGACAGUAACUGACCGUCACUUUUUACUGGUAACUUAUUUUUCAGCACUUGAAGCCGCCAGUUUCAUUCCAAAGCAUGUAGCGAGUUCAGAGCUGCGAGGAGAGCGCAGGCUCAGCGCCGCGUUAGCAGGGAGCCCCAAGCCACGUUUCUGAGUCUGGUCGCAUUCACAGGGUAGCUUCCCAACGAGACGCUGACGCAGGCGGACUUUGACCGAGUGAAUCCAGAUACUUGGCUUGGCUUGGUCACGAGGAUGCUGGUGGUCAGGUCCAGGACAGUGGUCUGAGAGCAGGACAGGAAGGUCUUGGGGCGUGUGUGACUUCCCCCCCCUCCCCCGCUGGCCCCUCUUUGCUGCAGGGCCCACCUUGGGAGGAGCCCGUAUGCGGAAGCCAGCUCUGCCGUCCAGGCUGGGGCGGAGCAGCGUGUGGCCUGCUGGGCCCCUGCUCCCCACGGCCCGUGGGCACCCCGGGACCCCGCUCUUAGGAGGUGGUCAUCUCACUCUUUUUACGGUGACUGGGCCAGGGAGCCGUCCGUGGUGGGGCUCUCUCCCCGUCUCCUUUGGGGAGACCCCUCGGCAGAGAGUCCCGGGGAGCGUGUCUCCCGUGUCCGCGCACUCGAGCGCCACAGACGUGCUUAAAGCAUUACCGUGUAGCCUUUUCUUUUCUUUGAAGACACACUCGGCCCUUCCCUGCCGCCAGCCGCCAGGGUCUGCAGGACCCCCCGCGUCCGGGAUUGGGGGGGUGGCGCCUCACACCUCCCCUCUCCGGCCCUUGCACCUUUAGCCUUUUUCUUCCUUUGCAAAGGCCUCGGGGGCACCGGCCGGGGGUCAGCGAGCGAGCACUUUACGUCCCUUCGGGGGAAGCCCCAUGACGCUGCCGGGACUCGAGGCGCCCGCCCUUCCGGCUCCCGCCGCCCCGGCGUGCCCGAGCCCCACCAGCAGGCGGCCGCCCGGCCCCGAGGGCCGCUCUGUCAGAGUGUUUCGGUUUUUCUCCACUUUCUUUCACGCCCCUGUUUCCAGAGGAAGGACCGCCGGUGCUGAUCCGCACAGAAGCCAGGGCGGCAGAGCUGGUCGGUUUUAAUUUUUUCGAUCAGAACAUUCCUCCUUCACUGGUCACAGCCAUGUGCUCAUUCCAUUCUUUUUGUAGACUUUUCGGGCCCACGUGUUUUACGGGCAUUGAUACAUAUAUAAAUAUAUAUAUAAACAUAUAUGAAUCUAUUUUUUUAAGUUCCUACACCUGAAGGUUGCAUGGACGGCAUGUCUUUAUAUCGUAUCCGGAUUUUGCACGCCAGACUCGGCAGCUUCGGGGAAGAAGAAAAAUGCCUUUUUUGUUCCCCUCUCACGACAUUUGCAGAUUCAAAAGAUGGGAGUUUUUCUGUAAAACGAAACCUUGAAGGAGAGUCGGUGGGGGCGGUGGGGGGGGAACGUUUGCGUCUUAUUGAACCUAUUCUUAAGAAAUUGUACUUUUUAUUGUAAGAAAAAUAAAAAGGACUACUUACACAUUUGUCAUAUUAAGAAACAAAGUUUAUCUAGCACUUGUGACAUACCAACAGUAGAGUUUAUUGUAUUUAUGUGGAAACAGUGUUUUAGGGAAACUACACAGAAUUCAAGGUGAACUGCCUAUCUCUCUUCCGUUGACUUGGAGGCAUUUGUUGCGUUUUGUUCUGUUUGUCCCUGGAUCUUGCACAGGGCCCGGCCCCGGCGGCGACGGUGCGAGAGGCCACGCCGGACGGCCCCUGACGGCUCGGCUGCGGGGACUUUCUAGUUGCUUGUAGACCACACGUGGCCCAGAGGUCACUUUAAGCCGAGAGUCGCGACCCAUGUGAGCACCCGGCUUCAGACCCCCAGGCGCACGGAGAAGAGACCCUGGGUCCUCGGCGCCACGACGGAGCUCGUCCCAGCCCACAGGCCGCCACCGGAGGCCGCGGCCUGGAGGGGACCCGCCGUCGCGGUGUGUGUGCGUGGGGGGCGCUGUUUCCCAGUCGAGAGAACGACGCGAAUACACGCGGGGGCUGACCCCGCUCGCCCGAGCGCCGGCCCGGAGCUGCAGCGGCGCCCGGGGGGGGGGGGGGGUCCCCGGGGUCCCCGCGGAGGCAGCCGCCCGUUCCCUCUGUGAUGUAACCCGUUCUCUCCGACUGUCCGGACCCUCCGGUGGUUCUUUCUUUCCGCCCAGUGGAGUUGGGGACGUGUCCCCGGUUUUCUCAUUCUCGUUCUGUUCUGUGGGGGCGGCUGUCCGGCCGCGACCCCGUCUCACUCCGCCCGGAGUCCAGUGUUUGUACCUCAUCAGACAGCUUGUCGCUCUUGUGGUGUAAAUAAAACAGCAUCUCUGGUU